CGUACGCUCUUCUGACCGGCACGAAGCGAGUGAAAAACUCUGCAUCUUCCCCCUUUAUUACCGUGACAUGUCCUCAGGUAUUGUGUAAGUGGUCCAAGCUUACAGCCACCUUCAGUCAAAGUCACUAAUAAUUAGUCAAAUCGCUUGUUAAGGGGGAUAUCAUAUAUCAAGUGAACCUCCGAGCCGAAAAGAGGCAUGGAGACUAAACCUCAGGUGGAUUCUCCUCAGAAAUCACCUGUGUCAAAGACUCUGCCUCAGACUUCAUCCAGUGAUACAGACGCCAAGAAGACUUCUAGCAAUGGAGUUGCCGGUGUUUCUGUAGACCAAAAACCAGAAACAAAAGAGCAGCCACCCCCAUCUUCUACAUAUCAAGCCACCACUAAGACUGAAGGUCAGUCUGAAUCCAAAAGUUCAAUUGCCAAAGAAUCAGAGGACACUAAAGAUACUACUUCUGAUGCGUCCAAAGAUAAAGAGAGUGCGUCUCAUCCAAUCAUAUCAGUAGACAUCCAAAAGAGUAUGCCUUAUGAAAGUAAACAAGCAGUUCCUGAAGACUCCAAACAAGAUAUGAAGUCAGAUACAGCAGUUUCUCCAGAAGUCGUUGCUUCUGUAGUUACUAAUGCAGUUGUAAACGAAGCGGCCUUGGCAGUGAGUGGAACAGAUGGACUUGUUUUAAACGGUAACAAAAUCUCUAGUGAUUCCAGUAAAGUAGACUCCGUAGUUGAAAAAGAACUAAGUAAAAUUAGUGAGGCCAUAAAUGGUAAAACUGAAUUAAAAAGUGUUGAAACUACAAAACAGGAUUCCAAAGCGCUACCAAAUGGGGACAUUGACCACUCCCCAGUCUCCGAUGGGACUGUGGAAGCUACACAAAAAAAUUCAAAAGAUGUUUCUAAAAUUCAUGUUUCUAGUGCACAAGAUAAAGAAGAAAUAGCAACAAAGAAAGACGUAGUGAGUACUUUAGAAGAUACCACAUCUGCCACACAAAUAACAACUCCAGUUAGUACAGAUAAAGCACAAAGUGAGAGCCAAGAUAGAACGCAAACUAUAGAUAUUGGCCCUUGCAAUGGUGUACCUGGCAUAAUAACUGUAGUAGGAAUCACUAAGAAAGACUCAACUCAAAACAUUAGCUUAGAAAAAGAAUCCGAUGGCUUAGCAACAGAUUCAAAAAAAUCAAGUGAUUUGAAAGAAAUAAAAAAAGUUGAAGAAGAUACCAGUAAGUCAGAUGCAUCAAAAGAUAGUAAGGAUGAUAAAGAACAGAAAUCAGUAGAAGGGAGUCAAAUUGUAGAAAGUGAUUCUAAAACUACCGGUAUCAUUCUAGGUGGUGAGAAAGAAGCAGAUACAAAAGGAAAAGAUUCUACCGUUCCAGAUGACAAAUCUAAAACUGAAAGCUUAGCAACUACUUUCGCGAAGGACAACUUAACGGACAGUGCAAAAUUGCAGAGUAGUACACUUAAAACUUCUGAACAGCUUGAAAGUAAAACACCUGAUUCUUCCUCUGCAGAUAAAGAUUCUUCAAAGAAAGAUGAAAAAAUAGAAAUUUCAGAAACAAAGCAUGAGCCAUCAGAGUCUCUUGAGACACAUCUUGAUGAAAAGGCAGAGAAAGUCGAAGCGAUUUCGAAAGGCACUCAUAAAGAAAGUGAUCAAAAUGCAGCAGACAAAGGAGAUAAAGCUAAGCAGGAGGAGGAAGACGGUAAAGCAAAAGUGGAAACCAGUAAACAAAUCGAUUCUGAUAAAUUGUCUGGUGAUUCGGAUGUCCCAGAAGAUAAGGCAGAUAAAAAAACAGUUGCAGUUUCUUCUCAUCCAGAAAAAGAAACCUCCAAAGAAGAAGAAAGUGCAGCUGCAAAAGAAAUUGUGAAAGAUGUAAAGCAAGACUUGCCAAAAGAGAAAACUGCUGAUAAACAUGAAGAACCACCUAUUACAAAGGAAGAAAAUAAGAUUGAUAGUGAAAUUGUUAAAAAACCAGAUUCUGUUCUGGAAAUUUCGUCUGAAUCUCCCGAUUCUACCGAUGUAAAAACUGAGCAAAAAUCUACAAAGGACAGUAGUUCUAAAUCUCCUAUGCAUGAACCUUCAGAUAAACAAGAGGUUCAGGCAAAGGAAUCUGAAAGUAAACCUACCGAUAAAACCUGUGAUAUGUCAUCAAUGAUGACAUCCCAAAUCCUAACUGAAGAGCUUCUUAAUUCCACAGAAGAAUCGAAAAGUGCCGACGAACAGAAAGAGAAAUCUGAAACUCUGUCUUCAGAGAAGAUUGUUCAGACAGAGACUCAACCAAAGACUGUAGAAAAAGUCGAAGAAAAAGUCUUAUCUCGAGAGAUUGAAUCUUGUAGAAUAUCAGCUGCGAGGUAUUCUCCUGAGACUUGUGAUGUAGGCGUAGGAAUUGAUGAAAGGAGAAUGGUGCGAGUUGCUGCCGGAGAUGGUGGAGAAGAGGAGGUUGACGGACAAGAAGCAACUACAGUAGUAGAAGUAACAGAAGACGCCCCCUCUGCCCCUGAUGAAAGUAAUCUAAUAGCCAACGGAUCAUCUACUACAAGUGUCUCUCCCACCCCGUCUAAGGAUUCUUCCACAACAAGCAAGCCAGCAUCGGCCGAGAGCAAGAAAGAUACAGAUUCCUCGAAGGAUGAUCAAAGUAAACCUGCCUCAGCUGUGUCCCGAUCUUCCAUUCCAGAAGCCACUGUGUAUGAACCACCUGAAAGGCGUCGAUCAGCGACGUCAGUGGAAAGCCAAGAGAAAAAAGAAUUGGCGACAGAAAAAAGCCAAGAGGACGGAAAAGAUGCUGAACCGGAAAGUAAAGAAAAAUCGCUGCCAGAUGAUAGUAAGGAUACAGACACAGUCGUUGAAAAGAAGAGCGAGGAAAAGACUUCGUCUGAGGAAAAGUCUGAAGAAACUGUCAUCAAGAGUGACGAUGAAAAAGAAAAACCAAGCAGUGCCAAAGAAUCUGAAGAAGCUGUAAGUGAAACAACAGAAGUAAAAUCUGACGUGCAACAAGAUGAAAAAGCGGCGGAAAGUCAUAUUAAAGAACCCCAAAGCAGUGAAAAACCAACAGAGGAUGAGAAAGCCGAUCAAGAUGUUAAAACUGAAAAAAAUACAGAAAAGCCCGCUGAGGAAGAAAAGGGAGAAAAAGAAGCAGCAGAAAGUGAUUCAAAAUCUGUAGAAGGGAAGAAAGACACACCCGUGACAGAGAAAACCGAGGCUGCAGAAGAUAGUGAAUCUAAACAACCUGAUAUUGAAGGGAAGGAACCGGUGGAGGAAGUUGGCGGUGAUGUUGCUGAAAAGGCAAGUGAAGCUGAAAACCCUGAAACGCAAACAACAAAAGAGGAUUUAGAGCCUUCUGAAAGUGAAGCAAAGCCGGAGGCAGAAACCACAGCAGCUCCUGAAGCAGUCCAAGAAACUGUCAAAGCAGACGAAGGGCCAGAAGAGAUACAGCCUCCUGUACUCGAAACUAAAGAGGAAAAAGAGGAAGACAAGGACAAAGAGGAAGAGAAAGAAGGAGAAGAAAAGACUGAAAAGGAGGAAAUAGUUAAAGAACUGGAGGAGCCCAAGACUCUCGUAGAAGAAGAAUCAAAACUCGAGGAGGGGGCAGCAGAAAAGCCUGAGGAGGCAAAGGAGGCAGAUGACACAGCAGCGAAGGAGGCAGCGGAUGAAGUGGAGGGUGACAAAGGAGUGGACCAGAAAGAGGAGGAAAUUGCCGCAACACAAAAAGAGGAGGAAAUUGAGGCGAUUGAAGAACCGGAAACUAUGAAAAAUGAAGAGAAGGAAGUAGAGGAAGCUGCCCCAGAAGAAAAAUCUGAAGAAAAGACAGAAGAAGAAAAGGCAACAAAAGAAGAGACAGAAAAAGAAGAACAAAAAGAAGAAGGACAAGUAGAAGCAGAACCGAAAGAGACAGAUGAAGAAAAAGCAGAAGAAAAAGAAGAGCAAAAAGAAGAAGAACAAACAGAAGGAGAGGAAAAAGAAGAAGAGCAAAAAGAAGAAGAUGAAGCAAAGCCUGAAGAAGAAGGAGAAAAACAAGAAGGGACAGAAGAAGGAGAACCUGAUGAUAAACCAGAGCCCCCUCCGAAAUCGCCGACUAAGCGAAUGAGAUCGCCCGAUAAAGCAGGAAAAAGAGGAUCAUUGCCACAACUAAGAUUGCCACCAAAAAGUAGCAAUGGAUGGGCAGUUAAAGGGUUGCCACCUGUCGGAAGGAUAUCUCCUUAUGAAGGUGUUUCGCCCAUAUCUUCCCCACCGAAACCACUCAAAACACCUCCUUCCCCCCAGAAACCACCGAAGACGACGUCUCCCAAGAAGAAAAAUGGAAUGUUGUCUCCCAUUAAAACACCGAAGACGCCUGGUUCAGAUACAAGAAAGCUUCCUCCAAUAAAGGCACCAGUAGGAUUAGCCCCAAAUCCAAAUCUUAAGAACAUUCGAUCAAAAAUUGGAUCUUUUGAUAAUAUACGUUAUAAGCCAGGUGGUGGUGACAAAAAGGUAAUUAGCACAAAGAAACUGGAAUGGAAGGCCGCACCUAAAAUUGGAUCUCUUGACCAUUCCUUUAAGAGUGGAGAGAAGAAACAUGGAAAAGGUCAUUCCAAAGGAGAAGCAAAAGAAGGAAAAUUAGUUGAUGGCCAGAGUCCUUUGCCAUCCGGCGAUGAAGGAGAACCAGAGCACGCCAGCGGGGAAAUUGCCACUGAAACACUUACCAAGCAAGAAGGAUCCUCAACCACCGAAGCACCCGUUGCUAUAGCAACGGAAUCUUAAAAACGUGUCUUGCAUAAGCGUAAUUAAAUAUUAAAAUAAUUGAAAUUGUUGUUCUAUCUUGGUAUAAAACAUCCUAGGUCUUAUAAAUGAAGAAAAUCAAUCUCCAUACUUAAUAUUGUCAUGUGCUUCUAUUUUAGUUUUGCCAUAUUCUGAACAGCAGUUAUGUACUUUGUGUAAAGUCACUGUUUCUGAUUUUUUGGGAAUAUUCUAGAGAUUUCGAGAACAGACUCGCUUUGAAUUAACACUACACUAAAAAUAACGAAUUAUAAAUGAAAUUCACUAAAUUUAAAUAGAAAAAUAUUUAACGGAAACAAAAAAAAAAUUCAUUCACUAUUAAUUUCAACUUGUUUUAUUGCAGAAACUUUAAUUUAAAAUAACUUAUUUUGAUGUAUUUCCAUUGUUAAUAAUUUGAUGAUAAUGUUCCAAUUUUGCAAAAGUAUUGUUUAGAAUCUGUUAUAAGGAAUCCAUUUAAAAUUUGCAACUUAUCUAGUAUAAUUAUUCAUAUAUUUUAUGCUAAUUAUCUUAUUAUAAUAAAGUUUCUCUAUACUGAAAAACAUAUUUCAUAGAGUAUGUUUCAACCAAUCAGAAACAAUGACGUGGAAACUGCUUAGCGUGUAUGUAUAGACGUUGAUAAUGCGUAUUUUUUUUAAUUAUAAUCCCUUCGAUAUAAAUCUCUUCCUCGCUUUCUUAACAACUCCUUUGUCCGCACUCUCUAGUAUUAACAAUGGGAUUUGGACUGAACUACGAAAUGAGCUACGAAGAGAUUUUUAUUCAAAUAUAAAUGCUUACGAAUGAAGAGUGAUAAUUUUAAGGAAUUCCGUAGGAUAAUGUUUAAAUGAAUUUUAAAAAUAAUCGUCACUAAGGAUAUUUACGUUGAGAUACACUUUUGUAUGUAUGUAGCACAGCUUAAUUUGAUUACUACUUGCAAAAGUGCACUAAGAAUGUACAUUUACUAGAAUGUUUUAUAUUCAUAUAUAUUAUAUUCUUUCCUUAUCAUGAACUAAUUUAAGUUAUAUCUUUAAAAUUUAAUUGUCAUGUUAACUGGAUUUUAUCAAUUGGAUUGUAUGUUUAUACCUUUUUACAUAUUCUCGAAAAGCCCAUAAAUUUCUUCCGUCUACGAAAAAUUAGUAAUAUGUAAAUAAUUUGAUUGCCAAGAAAAAUUGUAUGAAUAAAUUAAUUUAGUAUUUUAUCAACGGAAGCUAAUAAUCAAUAUAUUUUGUAGAUUUUCUGACCUAGAAUGUUACGAUCAAAGUAUUUUAAUUAAAUAUUUAUUAUUUUCUUUUAGAUAUUUCAUGCAUUUAAAGUUGAAAUUAAUUAAUUAGCUUAAAUAAUUAUAAUUUUCAAGGUAUUGCACUUUAAGUAGCAGUUUAGCCUUCAGGUAAAACGAAAUUGUGAUUGAAAUGUUAUGAUUAAAAUUAGAACAUAAUUUGCAAUCGCGAAUUUAUAAUAAUAAAGUGUUUUUAGAUAAUAGAAAUUAAUAACCAAAAAAGCAGAAUUUUUUUUGAAAUAGAUAAAUAUCUU